AGGACGCCUCGGCGUGUUUUUCUUUCUUUCGACUCGGAACCAGCAGCGCUUUGAAGCUUGAUCCGCGCUCCGAUCAGCUCCGGGCUGAGUGAGCAGAACUUUCCUCGGCGCGCGCGCUGCCUUCUCUCGGAUUUAACGGGCCCGACGCUGCUGUAGCGCCACGCACGGCGACGGAGCAUCAAACAACAACACGAGCCCGUGGGGGGGGAGUUCGAGCCUGCAGCGGGGCGGCGGCGCGGCCGAGUGGCGAGGAUGACCGCGACGAGGCCCCGGGGAUGACGAACCUGGCGCCAAGUCGGCGGAGACGACGCGUUCAAGGGCGCAAAUACAGAAGGGGAUGUUUUUGCGGCGCGGUUCGGCAGGACGAGCCCGGUCGAACGCCUGCGGCCGCUAGCGACGCCGGGAAAAGUGCGUUCGUCAGCGUGAAGUGUGAACCGGACUCGGCGUGGCCAUGUGUGAAGUGGCCGUGGAGGAGCCGGAGCGCGAGAUCUCGGACCUGGACGCGGGGCCCGAGGACGGCGUGAUGCUGGUGGUGAGCCGCCGCCGGGUCCAGCCCCCGUUCAGCGUGGUGCUGGCCACCGUCCUGUACUGCGCCGAGUUCGCCGUCGCCGCCGUGCUCUGCAGCAUGUACCGCAAGACGGACGACGUGACGUGGAUGAGCUUCACCAUCACCUUCAUGCUGCUGCCCGCCGUGCUCAUCCAGCUGGCCCUCACCUUCAUCCACAGGGACCUGGGUCGGGACCGGCCGCUGGUUCUGUUCCUGCACCUGCUGCUGCUCGGCCCAGUCGUCAGGUGCGUCGAGGCGCUGGUGGUGUACUUCAAGGCGGGCACGAAGGAGGAGCCCUACGUCACCAUCUCCAGGAAGAUCAGCCUGAAGAGGAGCCAGGGCGUCAUGGAGUGGGAGAUCGGGCAGACGGAGCGCAACCUGGCCACGCACAGGAACGCCUUCAAGCGCACGGCGGUCAUCCAGGCCUUCCUGGGCUCCACGCCGCAGCUGACGCUCCAGCUGUACGCCACCAUCCAGGAGAAGUACAUGAUCCCCACCCGACUGGCCCUGAUGGUCAUCACGCUGGUCUCCAUCACCUACGGCGCCCUGCUGUGCAGCGUCCUGGCCAUCCAGAUCCGCUUCGACGACUACAAGGUGCGCCUGCGCCCCGCCGCCUACCUGUGCAUGGUGCUGUGGCGCGGCCUGGAGAUCGCCACGCGCGUCACCGCCCUGGUGCUCUUCAGCACGGCGCUCACGCACUGGGUGAUCCUGGUGGGCGUGGCCAACCUGCUCCUCUUCUUCCUGCUGCCCUGGGCCGAGCUCUGGGCGCGGCGGGGCUCGCUGCCCGACAACGUGGAGAAGAACUUCUCCAAGGUGGGCACCACGGUGGUGCUGUGCAUGUUCACGCUGCUCUACGCCUGCAUCAACGUCUUCUGCUGGUCGGCGGUGCAGCUGGACCUCUCGCACCGGGAGCUCAUCGAGCGGAAGCAGCGCUGGAAGCGCCUGGCCGCCUACUACUGCCUGCGCUUCGCGGAGAACUUCGGCCUCAUCGCGCUCUGGUACUUCUUCAAGUCGGACUUCUAUGAGUACGUGUGCGCGCCGCUGCUGUGCGUGCAGCUGCUGAUCUGCUACAGCCUGGCCGUGCUCUUCAUGCUGCUCUUCUACCAGUUCUGCCACCCGUGCCGGCGCCUCUUCAAGUACAACGUCCACGACUGCCUGCACUGCGUCUGCUGCCGCGGGGGGGGCGGGCCCGGGGGGGGGCGGGAGCACCUGCCGCCCUCCUACUCCACGGCCGCCACCUUGGUGCUGGCGCCCGGCGGGUCGGACCCGCAGCGCCCGGACGGGCGGGAAGGUGCAGUGAUCGACGACAUGAUGGAGGCGGCCUGAGGCGAGACGACGGCUGCUCAUCCUGGAGGCAGCGAUGCUGGAUGCGCACCUGACGCCGACUUCGCUAAGUUCAACGCAAAUGUGUUUUGGAGUGAGCACGGUACCCCCCCAGUUUUAAACCAUACCUGUGCAUUACCCUGCUGGUUUCCUGGACACGUGGCGCCCGCAGACCAAAGAAUGUCGCCCCCUGAGAUAUGCAGCCGUGCACAAAGGACGCCUUCAGGGGCUGCGGGGGCCGGGGGCGGGGCCGGGGGCGGGGCCGAGCCAGGUGUGUGGGACGGACGCCAGGUGUCCGAGGACCCCGCGGACGGAGCGGGGCGACGCCGCCUUUACUUCCUCUCAGGGUUUUCGCACCGUGAAUGCUCCUUUUGCACACGUUUGCAUCUGCUCAACAUCUGCGUGGACUCGACUGCGGUGAUGGAAAAGUGCUCUUUACUGAUGUAGUUGCCUUAAUGGAAAAACAGAAAAAAGAAUGAGCUGAAACCGGUUUAAAAAAAAUAAAAGGCACGUUACCAUAAGAAAUGAAUGGACAUGCGAUGAUGUAUUAAUAAGACUGACUCUGUAUCUGCUUCGACUCUUUGCUCCUACGUUCCUUUUGUUCAGUGCCUUGACUACUGUACUACUUGAAGAUCUAAUAAAAUAAACUCAACAUUGA